CUAAAUGCAGGAAAUUGCUUCGGCGUUCUCCCUGUCAUCGAUGGAAAUUUCAAAAGAGCGCAAGCGCACCCUUUUUUUCCCUUCGCACCAAUACUGGAAAUUAUUUAGUCGCGUUCCUACUCUCACAGAUCAAGGAUACGAAAUUCAGUAAUGGACGAAAUGUAUCCUUUGGAAACUGCAAACGAUUACCAGAGACACUUGAAUCUGAGUAUUCAAUGGAUCCGAUGGCUGCUGAAACCUAUAGGUCUCUGGCCAAAAUCGCGUGUCAUUCGAUUAUAUCGGCUCGUGAACAUCGCUUGUUAUAGUCUACUCGCCUUCCUUUUUAUACCUUGUAUUCUAUACGUAUUUCUCGAAUUAGAGGAUCUUUACAAUAAACUCAAACAAUUCGGUCCACUGAUAUUUUGUGUGAUGGCAUUUGCGAAAUACUCUUCCCUGAUCGUCCACCAGGCUGACAUCCGUGAGUGCCUGAGGCGAAUCGAAUGGGACUGGAAGAAUAUCAACUAUGGCAGCGAUAGAAAUAUAAUGUUGACAAACGCGAAUUUUGGACGGAAACUGAUGAUCCUCUGCACAUUUUUUAUGUAUGGCGGCUUCGUAUUCUAUUACAUCGCUAUACCCAUUAGUAUCGGUAGAAUUUCAGCUGACAAUCUUACCUUUAUUCCUCACGUGUUUCCUUUCUCGUCGUACAUAAGUGACACGCGCUACAGUCCGGCGAACGAGAUUGUGUUUUCCGUUCAAUUUAUGGCUGGUGGCUUGAUGCACGGCAUCACGUCAGCCGCUUGCAGUUUGGCAGCCGCUUUCGCGGUUCAUGCUUGCGGCCAGAUGCAGGUGCUAAUGAACUGGCUGAAUCACUUGAUCGAUGGCCGACCCGACAUGAGUAGUAGCAUAGACGGUAGAAUAGCGAGUAUCGUGGAACAACACGUCCGUAUUCUAAAAUUCUUGGCGCUUACAGAGAGAACGCUACAGCAAGUAUCUUUCGCCGAGUUUUUAGGAUGCACGCUGGACAUUUGUCUCGUUGGAUACUAUGUCAUUAUGGAGUCGAAGUCGAACGACGUUACGAGUGUCGUGACUUACACUAUUUUACUCAUAUCACUUACGUUUAACAUUUUCAUAUUUUGUUACAUAGGCGAGAUGGUCGCCGAGCAUUGCAGAAAAAUCGGUGACGCGUCGUACAUGAUCGAAUGGUAUCGGCUUCCAGGGAAGAGCAAACAGUGUUGCAUUAUGAUAAUAGCGAUGUCCAGUACCUCGAUAAAACUAACGGCGGGAAACAUGGUGAAUUUAUCUAUCAGUACUUUUACCGAUGUCGUUAAAACAUCCGUUGCCUUUUUAAAUGUAUUGAGAACAACGACGUGAACGUGUGCCAGUAUUAAUAUUUUCUAUAAUCUUUUAAUGUGCCUAUCUCUGAACGACCGUUGUUAUUACGUGUGGUUGUUAAAUAUUAUACUAACGAUGCA